UAUUUGAAGGAUAUGGGACCAUAAAUAUGUCACUAGAGAAAUGUCCUACAGGAAUAAUGAGCCACAGGAUAAUCACAUAGUUCAAACCAAUAAUGGCAGACCAUCAAAUCAUUCAAGAUCUGAUAACAAAAAUAGGCAUCAGUCUCAUAUAGGGAGACACAGGGAACAAAAUGGAAGGCCUCAUUAUGACAGGGAACGAUCUAGUGAUGUCUAUCGACCAAGAUACCCAAGUAACUCAUCUGACAUGAGAGAUGGCAGAGAUAAUCGAUAUAAUCCUAGAGGAAAUGGACAACACUAUCCUGAACCAGUGAACAACAGACCCGACAAUCAGCAUCCUGUUCAAGAAAACAAACACGAUCAGAGCACCCUUAAAGUCGAGGUGGCAGAAAUAAAUCUGCAGAGCCUGAAGACUACACUAAUACCCCUGAAUAUCAGCUAUGGGAGAAGCUUAGUAAAAAGAUUAAGGAUUGGAACAGUGAGCGAAAGGAAAUCUUUCAUAUGACUUUUCCUGACAAGUAUAUGGAAUAUUUUGGGGUUAUCCAAGUAUUUCUUCAAGAACCAGACAACAAAUAUAGCAGUAAAUGUGUGAGGAUUUCCAGUCUAACUGAUGUUUACGAACUAAAAAGUAUCCUGAAGGAAAAGUUUUCGCUUCAUCGUGAUUUAAACCCACAUCGAUUGAAUGUCUAUGAAGUUCACUUGGGUUCACCGGAACUAGAAUUAGAACCAGAUAUGUUCCCCAUACAAAUUCAAUUGGAGUGGGGUAGCAACAGGAGUGAUGGUCGAUUUGUUCUAAAACUUCACAGCGACGUUCCUAUCUCACAAGACGUGUUUGGGGAUGUGGCCACCUUUAAAAAGGCCAACAGUAAUGUGCUACAGCUACAAAGGCACCGGAAAGCAAUAUUAGAUCAGAAACUGAAGGUUUCUUCAAGGACUCGGCCGAGCCCACUGGAGGACCACUCCGUGUGCACGCAGACACCAUCAACAGUAACCAACCCUACAAGACACUGCUGGUCUCCAACACGGAUAAUGCCUGGUUUGUGCUGAAGGAGAUGUUGGAGAAGUAUGAUAUCAGGGGUUGUGGUCCGGAGGAGUUUGCUCUCUUCCAGAUCACUGUUAGAGGCGACACUGGCAAGGCUGACGAACAUUUAUUAAGCAACAAUGACUGUCCUAUGGCGAUCUUGAAGAAGAGAGACACCGACACAAGUAUAACAUUUGAAAUGAGGAGAAGGCCGCUCAAUGCAUUCCCUGAUAUCCCUGAUGAGUUUGAUGAGGACCUCAUGCAGUCUCGGAACGAUGGCACGCUCUCAAGAAGGAGACCCCCAAAUUAUGCAAAGAAUGUGCCGUAUCUGUUGGAGAUAAACGCAAGACCGGGAGAGCCACCCAUUAUAUUCUAUCUUGACAACCACAUCACCGAGAUUGGAUCUCUGAGACAGAACAAGUUUAACUAUUUGUUCCUUCCUGGCCCGGAUGUUGAUCAGGUGCACUGUAUAAUAAAACAGGAUCCCUACUGUAUGAUAAUCUACCCCUGCUCCUCCGAACCAACCUUUGUCAAUGGUACCCGGAUCCCGGACUCCGUCCCGCUCCACCCUGAUGACGUCAUCACUAUCGGACGGAGCUACAAGUUUCAAUUUGUAGUGCCGUAUUUCGAGCGUCCUGACGACGGUAGGGGGUUGAGAAACAACCGGGCACAACCUGAUCAGUACUACAAGGGACAAUAG